CCUGGGAAAUUCAGAGAUGACAUUGAUACACAUACAUCCAUAUGUCCCUGGCCUGCUCCUGUGGAUUAUGAAGCUCUCAAGCUCCUUUACUUUGGCCAGUGCCACUGAACUUCUGCAUCCACCCAACAGCACUGCUGCAGAUCUCAUGUUUGAUCUCGGAAUCCCAAGAAGCCGAAGGAAGCGAUACAUUUCCCCCAGAGACAUGAAUGCUUUGCUGGACUAUCACAACCAGGUGCGCUCCAAAGUCUCCCCCCCAGCUGCUAAUAUGGAAUACAUGGUGUGGGACGAGAGGCUAGCCAAAUCUGCUGAGUCCUGGGCGAACCAGUGUAAGUGGGACCACGGGCCAAACCAGCUGAUGCGUUACAUAGGCCAGAAUCUCUCCAUCCACUCUGGAAGGUAUAGGUCAAUUGUGGAUCUAGUCAAGUCUUGGUACGACGAGAGACAACAUUACUCUUUUCCUUACCCUCGGGAGUGUAACCCCAGCUGUCCCAACAAAUGUAGUGGCUCUGUGUGCAGCCAUUACACACAGAUGGUGUGGGCAUCAUCAAAUAAAUUAGGCUGUGCCCUCAACACAUGUCACAACAUCAACGUAUGGGGAAGUACGUGGAGACAAGCCGUCCUCUUGGUGUGUAAUUAUUCUAUCAAGGGUAACUGGAUAGGAGAAGCCCCUUACAAGCUGGGAAGACCAUGUUCGGCGUGUCCGCCCAGUUACGGAGGUGUCUGCAGCAAUAACAUGUGUUUCUCCGGUGUGAAAAACAACAAGCUCAGCUGGUUUUAAGUCAAUGAACGUCCACUUCAAUUUUUUUUAUUUUCCUAAAACCACAACAUUGAAUGUCUUAUAUGUGUUUAGUGCAAGGUAGGUAGGUUUACGUUCCAAGGGGGGCAGCCUACUUACAAUUGACAUACAGGGGCCGGUAGUGCUACCAGAGUGCAAUGUCAGAGAGGGUGUGUCUUGUAAAAAUCUGCUGCUCGGCCAAUCAAUGACAAGACUGCUUCAUUGUAAUUGGCUCAGGAAUAUGGGCGUACAUCAUUUUGACUCUGUCACAAAACACAUUAACUUGGUGGCUCAGCCAGUUGUAUUUCGGUUGCAGCUUCAAUGCCGUUGGACAGAACUGUGAAAGAAGGGUUCCAACUCAUAUAUUUAAUGACUCGUUCUGUGGCUGAAUGAGUUAACCUGACAGGAAGACACCCCAGAGUGGUAAAGUCCCUUUAAUAUUGUAGAUUAUUUAUGAUCUAAGAUAACCCAACACGUUUCAGGGAUC